AGUCGCAUAGACCAAAGGGAUGUAGUCAAUUCUUAUUCGCCGUGGGUCUGCUGCAUCAGCUGCCACGGUCAAAAUACUAUGACGCAAAGCCAGACCAUCUAUCUGUAGGUUGAUCUGGAUUGACUGAUGCCAAUGCAGUCAAUUGCCCUUGUUUACUGCUGCUCGAUGAAUAUAAAGACCUGCCGUGGUCUCCUCUCCAUGGUAGCUGUCUUUCCCAUCUAUCCAGACUUCAAAGAACUUCCCCUCAAGCAAGAACUUUUCAAUUCCUUUCCCCUUAUAUUCAAUCUUGAAUACUUCCAAGAUGGUGUCCAACACUCUUGUUCGCUUUCUUCUGCUCGUGACUCGAGCGCUGCAAUGGUCUAGCGCUGUUAUUGUGAUGGGACUCACCUCCUACUUCAUCCACAGGGGACCUCGUGGUCAGCACAUCACCUACCAGGAAAUCAUUGCUGUCAUUUCUGUUGUCUUCUUCUUGCCAGCUUUCGUCUCGCCCUUUAUGCCCAAUGCUCUCAGCCGCUUUGUGCUGAUCAUUGACGUCGUCUUCUCUUAUCUGUGGCUUACUUCCUUCAUCUUCGCUGCUCAGGACUACAACUGGCACAACUGCUACUGGGACGCUCCAGCAUCCAUGGGCUGCUCCAAGAAGAAGGCCAAUGAAGCAUUCAUCUUCCUGGCUUUCAUCUUCACUUUCUUCGGCAUGUUCCUCGAAGUGUUUUCUCUCUGGUCCCACAACCAAAGCAACAACACCUCCCCUGCCAUGGAGAAGAACGAACACGGUGCUGCCCCUGCACCUCUCGACGGACCCUCCACCGUCGCCCCUUAGAUGCCCCAAAGAAUUCUUCCAGCCAAGUACAACAAUUCUUGCGGGCCAGUCAUGCGUCGAAGAUGAGUUUAUGAUAACUUGAUGUAUACUAUUUUUUUUUUUUUUUUCGUCAUACAUGUAUUCUUCUUGUUCGUCGGCAGCCAGGUAAUAUUGAACUGGAUAACUGUACCGGAGCAAUCCACGAAACCUGUUGAUGAAUGAUGUGUUUAACGAUACGGAGAAUUUUUGAGAUUAGUGAUAUUUAAUAAUAAUGCUCUUGUGUCUCUAUACUAUGCUAAUUACUUACUGGUGCUAUGUAGACUUCCUGAAGUUAAAAGACUAUGGCUAUUCAUCAAGU